CUCCUUCAUCUGCCUGCCGCCUCGUUUUCUGCUCACUAGUUUCGAAGUUCACAAGCUCCGGUGUUCACAUUCUCUCAGAUCAACUAUGGCGCUUCUUCAACGAACCGGAGCUAUGGAACGAUCUUCUCCGUCGCUUGUGAUCGGAUCCGGGAACGGGAGAGGAAAGGUCGGAGGGUUCAGUAGGAGAAGAAGGGUGGUUGCGAUGUCGUCAACGCUGAAGAUGAAUUUGAAUGAGUAUAUGGUGACGCUGGAGAAGCCCCUCGGGAUUCGCUUCGCGUUGUCAGCAGAUGGAAAGAUGUUCGUCCACGCCAUCAAAAAGGGGAGUAAUGCGGAGAAGGCGAGGAUCAUUAUGGUUGGAGAUACUCUUAAGAAGGCUACCGACUCUUCUUCUGAUGCUUCUCUUGUCGAAAUCAAUGAUAUUGGUGACACCCAGAAGAUGCUGGUAGAGAGAAGUGGAUCCUUCAGCUUUGUUCUUGAAAGACCAUUCUCCCCUUUUCCUAUUCAGUACCUACUUCACUUGAGCGACCUUGACUUGCUCUUUAACAGAGGACGCGUCUCCUUUGUUACUUGGAACCCCAAUCUUUUGUCUUCCAAUCUCAGAGCAUCAUCCCAAGGCAGUAGUGCCAACUCUGGCUAUGCUUCCUUCUCCUCCAAAUUCUUUACUCCCCAUGCUUGGAAACUUUUGACCAAACACAGCUGUUCCUUUCACUCAGGGACGACGCACAAGAACAUUCUUUCUCCACCUAUCAGCCCUAUUGUCUGUGUCUUUUCAGAACAAGACCCUGGUGAUGGGGAAUGGGGUUAUGGUAAUUUCCCUUUAGAGGAAUACAUCAAAGCCCUUGACCGCUCCAAAGGAGAGCUGCAUUAUAACCAUGCUCUUGGUAUGCGUUACAGUAAGAUUACAGAGCAGAUAUAUGUUGGCUCAUGUUUACAAACAGAAGAUGAUGUAGAAAACCUAUCGGACGCAGGAAUUACUGCUAUACUGAACUUCCAAGGUGGAACUGAAGCUCAAAAUUGGGGAAUUGAUUCACAAAAAAUCAACGAUGCUUGCCAGAAAUCUGAAAUCUUAAUGAUCAACUAUCCUAUUAAGGAUGCAGAUUCCUUUGAUCUGAGGAAGAAACUACCUCUUUGCGUUGGGCUCUUACUACGAUUACUUAAAAAGAACCAUCGUGUCUUUGUAACUUGUACCACUGGUUUUGACCGCUCUUCAGCUUGUGUGAUUGCUUAUCUACACUGGAUGACCGAUACCUCUCUUCAUGCUGCUUAUAGUUUCGUUACAGGAUUGCACGCUUGCAAACCUGACAGACCUGCAAUUGCUUGGGCAACGUGGGAUCUAAUUGCAAUGGUGGACGAUGGCAAACAUGAUGAACCUCCAACACACUCUGUGACCUUUGUGUGGAAUGGACAUGAGGGGGAGGAUGUAUUGUUGGUUGGGGAUUUCACUGGAAACUGGAAAGAACCGAUAAAGGCAACGCACAAGGGUGGUCCACGUUUUGAAACAGAAGUUAGGCUUUCACAGGGAAAAUACUACUACAAGUAUAUAAUAAAUGGGGAUUGGAGGCAUUCAACAACUUCGCCAACGGAAAGAGAUGAUCGAGGAAAUACUAACAACAUAAUUGUGGUUGGAGAUGUUGCUAACGUCAGGCCUACUAUUCAACAACCAAGAAAGGAUGCAAAUAUAAUAAAAGUGAUAGAGAGAGUGCUGACAGAGAGCGAAAGGUUCAGGUUGGCAAAAGCAGCUCGUUGUAUUGCGUUCUCAGUCUGUCCAAUUAGACUCUGCCCUAAAUAGUUAUUUAAAAAAAAACAUCUGUUUAUUUAUGGGUGCACAAACCAAAUAUUACUUCAACAAUGAAGGAAAAUACAUACACAUUGUAAAAUGAGGUAUUCCUUAAAUUCGUGUGGAUGCUAUUUUUCAAAACAAUCAGUAUAA